AUGACCAAAGAAUCCGAGGACUUAGAGCGGGAGAAAGAAACGCUCCGCGAACGUGCUAUGCUUCGGUUUUACUAUGCCGCCAAAGAUGGGUUCUGCAUGCAGCUCUUGGCCUUGUUAAACGAUAUAAAGGACGAAGAUGAUCGUCGUGCAAUGGCGAAUCAGUUGUACUACGAAGAAGACCACCAAGUAUUGACACCCUUGAUCAUAGCGAUAUUGAACGGUCAUCUGAAUGUAGUGCAUAUUUUGCUCGCGCACACUAAACCGGACCUCGAGAAGGAAGGCUGCGUGAGGCUGCACGAAGAGCUAAAUAAUGGUGCAACGGCCCUGUGGGUUGCAGCAGCACUCGGCCGUUUGAACAUAGUCAAGCUACUGUUGUCAUAUGGCGCCCAAGUUGACCAUCCCACCAUGAACCGGUCGACACCAUUGCGGGCGGCCUGUUUCGAUUGCCGGCUGGAUGUGAUCCAGUACUUGGUCGCCCACAGGGCGGACGUUUGUGCGGUCAAUAAAUUCAACAACACUUGCCUCAUGAUCGCAGCCUACAAGAACUGCACGGACGUGUUGCAGUACCUGCUGGAAAUGGGUGCACGUGUCAACGAGCAGGCACAGUGUGGAGCGUCAGCGCUCUACUAUGCGGCUGAAUGUGGCCACGUUGAGGUGUGCGAAAUUCUGCUGAACCACGGGGCAUUGCAGCUCCGCAACACGUACGGUCUUACACCGGCGAUGGCCGCUGCGGAGAGGACUCGCGAGCCUGUCGUGAAGCUGUUUCUGGAGAGACCGGGACUGCUGACGAAGGAGGAACGCGUCAACGUGAUGGAGCUGCUGGGAGCGUCGUACGCAAACGAUAAGGAUAACUACAGCUUAGUUAAGGCUUUCCAUUACCUGCUUUCGGCAAUGGAAUUGAGGUAUGAGGAUCGUGAAAACGUGAUUGUAAAGCCGUCCUUCCCACCCGUACCGGCUUACGAGCAUUGGGUCGAAUGCCAGACGGUACAGGACCUGCUGGCCAUUCGCUACAAUCACAACUCUCUGCACAUGGAGUCGCUCACGAUACGCGAGCGUAUCCUCGGCCAUCAGUGCCCGGAAGUGGCACAUUCGAUCAUCUUCCGCGGGGCGAUCUGUGCCGAUAACGGGCGGUUCGAUCGUUGCGAAAGCCUCUGGAUGCACGCGCUUAGGUUGCGCCAGAAAAACGGCCUGCAGGUGCAGCGGGAUUUGCUUCGUUUCGUGCAGCUGUUUUCGCAGGAAUAUUCGAUAAACGUGCCGAUCCGGUUCGAUAGUAUCGCGUUCGUGCUGGGGGCGUGUGUUGACGAGCUGCGCUACAACCAGCAACGAAUGGCAAACCCAGGACCCCGGGAUGAUAUGGAGACGCUGGUGGACAACUACGAGAUGAACAUCGUAACGGUGCUGUACUUGCUCACGAUCAUCACAAAGCUUAUGCGGAUGAAAAAGCUUGAGCCCGUGGAAGAGCAGAUGAUUUAUCAGAUGGUAUAUCAGCUCAAUCAGAUGAUGGUACGCUUGCGGGACGAUCAGACGCUUCUGCAUCUGGCCGUGAAUGGUGUUACUCCCGUGGACGACUUUCACACUGGUGACGUUUGCAGGUUUCCCUGCGUCGAUACAGUGAAGUUGUUGCUGAAAUGCGGUGCUGUAAUUGACGUUGUCGAUAGCGAUCGGAACACACCCCUACACACUCUCACGUCGACGCUACAAUCGGCAGUACUACGUAUAGCGGAUAACAAUGUUAUGCCGGUGGUGAAAGAAAUUACGGAACUUUUCAUCGAAUCCGGCAUCCAUCUUGACGCGGUGAACGCUGACGGGCUUAAGGCAUCGCAAGUUUGCGUGCAAAGUUGUGUCGCGGCGUUCAUCAAAAGCUACGAAUCUCGUGCCAUCAACCUGCGCUGCCUUGCGGCUCGAGCGAUCGCCCAACAUCGAAUUUCGUUCCGAAAGCUGAUACCAUGCCAGCUGGAGGCGUUUGUUGAGCAGCACUGUAUACCGAAAAGCUAGAGACACGACGUCAAACACGUCACGCGAAACUAGGAUGCUAAAUAGCUUUAAAUUCUGCGUUUGCUAUGCUCUUGGGGUGGAUGAAAAUCGACACCGGAGCAUGGACGGCUGCGGGCGGUAGUUCACGUCCACCACCGACAACCCUGCCGCUCGUCUGACGAACGUAAAGUCUAACCGAUUUAUAUUGAGUUUUACUUCAAGCUUAAAUAAAACCAGCGCUAAUGGUAUUUACAUUAGCGUUAUU